UUUGUAAUGGCGGCCACGUGAUCGCACAGGGCACGAACGCCGGGCUUCGCGCCUUCGCCGUACAAAAGCCAUUCCAACUUCUUUAGUCUCCAUGCGUACGUGUGCCAUUUUUCGUUUGCUUGAACUUAAACUACUACCCCUAGCUAGCUAGGGUCUCAUCUUCUCUCGACAUCAGGCAUUUCCAUCGUAAUGGGGACCUGAUUUGGAUUUGUGAUGGUCUCUUGGGUGGAUAAGGCUCUAACCUUUUAGGCACUUCCUUCCAUCUUUCCAUGGUGAUAGUCAUUUUUUCCCCUGUGUUGUACAGUACCUGCUACUGCUACUUGUUUUCUCGCUUGGUUCUCUGUUCGUACUACAAAGCUAUCUUUUUUUCUAUGGCCAGCGAUUAGCUAGCAAAGUUGCCGUUUCCUCUAGCUUUCUGUUAAAAUAUUCAUCCCAUGUCUCAUUUUCUUUUGAACCGCAAUGACUCGUCGCUGCUUUGAUGAAGUCCGCAUCUGAUACUGUGGUCGCUGUCUUGGUUCCUUGAAGCACAUGAACUUCUCAGAUCCAUACCUCAACACCGAUGCAGGAACCAUGUCUCCUUUCGAGCACGGCGAAGUGUUUGUUUUGGACGAUGGCGGUGAGGUGGACUUGGACCUUGGAAAUUAUGAACGGUUUCUGGACAUCAAGUUGACUCGUGACAACAACAUAACCACGGGAAAGAUCUACCAGUCUGUUAUUAACAAGGAACGUAGAGGAGAUUACCUGGGAAAAACUGUUCAGGUUGUGCCGCACAUCACAGACGAAAUACAAGAAUGGAUUGAACGUGUGGCAAUGAAUCCAGUUGAUGGCACCGAAGAGUCAGCUGAUGUUUGCGUCAUAGAACUUGGUGGAACUAUAGGGGACAUUGAAUCAAUGCCUUUCAUUGAAGCAUUAGGUCAAUUUUCAUACCGCGUAGGUACUGGAAACUUUUGCUUGGUUCAUGUCAGUCUUGUACCAGUUCUAAAUGUAGUUGGUGAACAGAAAACAAAGCCUACCCAACAUAGUGUCCGUGGACUAAGAGGACUUGGACUCAUACCUGAUAUUUUAGCAUGUCGCAAUACUCAGCCACUUGAAGAACAUGUGAAAGUGAAACUCGCACAAUUUUGUCAUGUCCCGAUACCAAAUAUCAUUAAUCUCCACGAUGUUACAAACAUUUGGCACAUCCCUUUGUUGCUCAGGGAUCAGAAGGCCCAUGAAGCAAUUCUGAAAGUUUUAAACCUUCAGUGUGUGGGAAAAGUGCCUCGUGAACCCAAAUUGGCUGAAUGGACUGAAAGAGCCAGCAAAUUUGACAAACUGAAAACCCCGGUUAGGAUUGCCAUGGUUGGAAAAUAUACUGGCCUAUCGGAUUCCUACCUGUCUGUGUUAAAGGCUCUUUGUCAUGCAUCAGCUGCUUUGGACAGAAAGCUUGUGGUAGACUGGGUUCCUUCCUGCGAUCUUGAAGAUUCUGCAGCAGAAGAUACUCCUGACGCCUAUGAAAAAGCGUGGGAAUUACUGAAGGGUGCAGAUGGUGUGUUAGUGCCAGGAGGUUUUGGAGAUCGAGGAAUCCAAGGGAAAAUUCUGGCUGCAAAAUAUGCGCGAGAAAACAACGUUCCAUAUUUCGGCAUUUGCUUGGGCAUGCAAAUUGCAGUGAUUGAGUUUGCCCGUUCUAUCAUGAAGUUGCAUGGUGCUAACAGCACAGAGUUCGAUCCAGCCACAAAAACACCAUGCGUUAUUUCCAUGCCAGAGGGAUCCAAAACCCAUAUGGGUGCAACAAUGCGCCUUGGAUCAAGGAGGACUUUUUUCCAGGUCAAUAGCUGCAAAUCUGCUAAGCUGUAUGGCAAUGCUAGCUAUGUUGACGAAAGGCACCGCCACCGAUACGAGGUGAAUCCUGAUAUGGUCCCCGAAUUUGAGAAGGCAGGGCUUUCUUUCGUUGGCAGGGAUGAAACCGGGAGACGCAUGGAGAUUAUCGAGCUACCAACUCAUAGGUUUUUCGUCGGCGCGCAAUUUCACCCUGAAUUCACAUCACGGCCUGGAAAGCCAUCUCCACUUUUCUUAGGAUUGAUAGCGGCGUCAUCAGGUCAGCUGGAUCACCUGCUCCAGCGCCCUUGCUGCAUUGUCAGCCAACCAGGCAGAUGCAGCUCCAGCAACGGAGCGACGAAACUGAAGCUGUACCCGAGCGGCCGCGCCAAGAACAGCCUGGUGAACGGGUACUAUGCCAACGGCAACGGGUGCUCACAUCUCGCAGCAUAACGCUGCAAGAGGCCGUGUGCUUGUCUCUUGAGACUCUUUGCAAAUCUGUCGGGUUAAUUUUUGCCUUUUUCUUGUUCCCUGCUUGCAUUCGUCACCUGCCCAACUAAGAAGAAGAGAAGGGUCGUCUACUCCGGCGACACGGCGAGCCGUUUCCGAUGUUUUAACGAGGAAGCAUUUGGCACAGGCGCCGUCGCAUUAAAAAGCAAAUCGGUAGCAUAGCUAGGAGUUGAUUAGUAGUAGUAAUCCGUUGAGCUGUUUCUUUUGUUUGUUCGUUUGUUUGCCUGUAUUGAUGAAGAUUAAAAGGGCUGGUGAUGCGCAGCUAGCUGAAGCGGAGCCUGCCAUCUCUUCUGAUCAUAUACUGUAAACGAACUGAUGCUCUCCAUGGACUGAAUGAAUGGAUGGGUAUACAGGUAUUCAUUACUGAAUUUGCUGCUGGGAAUGUGCAGUUUCAUUGUUUU